AUGUUAACAUAGGCCUAACGGGUCUUACACUUCAGUCCUUAACCUAUCCUGACUCUAGUCAGUAGAGAGAGAAAAUGGAGGAGCCCCAAGUCAAACGACUUUCGAACUUUUCAGUUCGUUUGCGGUUGAUUUUUAGUGUCAUUGGUGUAUUCGUUGGAGUUUCAGUUGGCUGCGUUUUCGCUGCUCAUUAUAAGAACUAUCAUGUUGCUUUAUGGGGACUCCUUUCGGGUCUAUCAGCUGCUAUUGCCCUUGGUGUUACGAUUGCUUACAUGAAGCAAGUAUGGGAUUCUUAUCCAUUACGUUUGAAGCGCUUCAUGCUGCUUGGUUGCUUUAUUCAGCUGACUGGUGUUUGUGGAUUUGUUGCUUACUUGGUGUUAGCAAUUUCUAAAAACCAAGGUCUGGUUAUCUAUGGAGAAGGUUAUUAUUUAACUUGUGUUUGGUGCUUCAUGACUUGGAAAUGGGGUUUAGCACUUUUGUUGUAUUCAAGAAGAUACUUAAAUUCAUAUGCUGAAAGAGAAUGUAUUCUACAAAGUGAAUGUCCAGUUAGUGGUAAAGGAUUCUACAGCACAACUUGAACCAUGUAUGAUGUAGUCUAAGCAGCACAUUUUAAAGUUUUACUUCAAUUUCAAGGAAUGUAUUGUUAGCCAGAGCACUCACUGAAUGAUAUAGCAGUAUGACUGUUUACAAUUUACAUGGCAUGGUCAUGUUUCCUACCACUGAAAUUCAUUAAUCUGAUUGCAGUUUGUUAAAGUUAUGAACUUAAUAGCUAUUCAUUAGCAAUACCAAACAAUUUGUCCAACUUCUUGCAACCUUAUUUAUAUUAUUUAUUAUAAUUAUAAUAUUUAUUAUUUUUACAUACUUGAUUAUUGAACAAAGGUGUGUAAUUGUCUGUGAUAAAAAUUAAAUAUUACUGCUUGAUGAAAAUAUUAUAAAAUUAAAUUACAAUU